ACAAAACGUCCCGCUCCUGCUGACAUUUUCUAUCCCGACACACAACCUAGAAACGCUCAAAUUAACCGCGGAGAUGCCGGGAAUGAUGGAUAAAGGCUCGGAAUAUUUAGGAAAAGGCCGUUCAAACGGCACCAAGAGUCCGUCCAACGCUUCGAACGGACAUUUUUCCGACGAAAGCGGCAGCGACGACGAACACGAUGUUGGGAUGCGGGUUGGAGCAGACUAUCAGGCGAACAUUCCCGAGUUUGACCCAGGUUCCACCAAGUACACGGAUAAAGACAGUGGAGGGAUGCUGGUCUGGUCUCCGUACCACAACAUUGUCGACUCCAAGCUGGACGAAUACAUCGCCAUCGCCAAGGAGAAACAUGGAUAUAAUGUGGAGCAGGCUCUCGGCAUGCUCUUCUGGCACAAACACAACAUCGAGAAGUCUCUGGCUGACCUGCCCAACUUCACGCCGUUCCCGGACGAGUGGACGGUGGAGGACAAGGUGCUGUUCGAGCAGGCCUUCAGCUUCCACGGCAAAAGCUUCCACCGCAUCCAGCAGAUGCUGCCGGAUAAAUCCAUCUCCAGCCUGGUGAAGUACUACUACUCGUGGAAGAAGACGCGCUCCAGAACCAGUCUGAUGGACCGACAGGCCCGUAAACUGGCCACCAGGAGCAACCAGGACGACAGUGACGAGGAGAUGGAGGAAGCCAACCCGAUCGAAGCACACGACAGCGACUAUGAUCCCACCAAGGAAGCCAAGAAGGAGACCCCGGUGGAGCCGGCCGUGCCGGGAUCUAAGGUGGCUUUAGGACGGCGGGAGCACCAGACCCUGCAGCACCGACACCACCAGCGCUCGCGCUGCCGCCCCCCCAAGGGCAUGUUCCUGACCCAGGAGGACGUGGUGGCCGUGUCCUGCAGCUCCUCCGCCGCCAACACGCUGCUGCGGGGGCUGGACAUGGAGCUGGUGUCCCUCAAGAGACAGGUCCAGAACUCCAAGCAGAUGAACAGCGGCCUGAAACACCAGCUGGAAUCUGGGAUUGAAGAGCUGAAGCUGCCGGAGUCCAACCAGAAGGUGAACGCCCGCUGGACCACAGACGAGCAGCUCCUGGCAGUUCAAGGCGUCAGGAAGUACGGGAAAGACUUCCAGGCCAUCGCCGACGUCAUCGGCAACAAGACCGUGGGCCAGGUGAAGAACUUCUUCGUGAACUACCGGAGGAGGUUCAACCUGGAGGAGGUGCUGCAGGAGUGGGAGGCGGAGCAGGGAACCCCGGCCCCCAACGGAGACAGCACCACCUCUGGUGAGGAGGGGAAGAACAGCUGCACCACUCCGUCAGGGAAGAGCACGGAUGAAGAGGACGAGGAGGGUCCGGUCACCUCCUCCGGUGCGUCUCCGGCCGCCUCCUCCUCUUCUUCAGUCCAGACUCCCGUGACGUCCGCCGCCUCGUCCUCGUCCCUGCACCAGCCCCCGCCCCUCCUGAGGCCGUCCCUGCCGGCCACGCCGUCCCUGCACCGCCAGCCCCCGCCGCUGCAGCAGCAGGCCCGCUUCCUGCAGCCCCGGCCCACCCUGCAGCAGCCCCCGCCCCUCAUCCGCCCGUCCAACCCCCUGCCGCCCCGCCUCAACCCCCGGCCCGCCCCCGUGGCCCUGGGCGUCCCCCCGGGGGGGGCCGGCCAGGGCCCCAGCUCCGUCCAGCAGCCCCCCGGCCUGGCGGUGCACCAGGCGGACACCGCCUCCUCCUCUUCCCUCCACUAACUCCCCCCCCAGGGGUUUCUGUUCAGCAGAAGCAGAUUGGUUCCCACCUUGAUGUGUGAGUGUGAGUGAGAGGCUUGUGCAGUCCCAUCCUGACUCCGUACUUUACAGCAGCCACAGUCAUCCUGUCACUUUUACACACCAUGGAACAUCCGACCAUUCAGAGAGUUUGCUCCCCCCCCCGGGGGGCAGGUCUUCUCUCCUCCAGCAGAACGCCUGCCACGACUCGGCCGCUGGUUGAGUGCAGGAAGCUGGAACGGAGCUCAUCCCGUCUACGGACGUCUGUAGCAGUCAGAGGUCUGUCUCCAUCGCCCUCAGCAGACGCGGCGUCUCCUCCAGCUCGGCCCCGGUCCUGCUUAUCCGUAAAGGAUGGACGUAGUCAUCCCCGGUCCGACGGGAAGCUGAUGUGCUUGUGCCUUAAAGUGUCAUUAAACUCACGGCCAGUAGGUAGCAACACGAACACCUCCCGCUCCAAACCUUUCCCAGGAACGACAGAGACGAGACCCUUUUUACCUACGAGUCAUCGCGGUGUGAAAGCGGUUCCCUCUCCCGAUGUCACAGUGUACACAGAUGUCAAGUGGCAGAAAUACGUCAUGUAGUUUCUUACGGCCGUUUCCGGCUCCGAGGACACGACCGUGGCCACGACUCCAACCCUCUCCGGCAGGAACGAACGCUCACAGGCCACGGCCGACGUCACAACGGCUACGUCCAUUUCUACGUCCAGACGUUUCUCCAGCGCUGUUUCUACGGGAACGUGGCGGCGUGAACCCACACAUGAAAGUCAUCAGCACUUAGUCCACCGUUACAAGGUAUUCUCUCCUUCCGUUGAAGCUGGAAAGAGAUUAAAGGCUGUUCUACGUGAGGCUUUGAGCUGCAUGAGUGCGAUGAGGAUGUUCUACUAGUUUAGUAUCUUUACUAUGUGUGUUAGCAUGCUAACAUUUGAUAGUUGUUUUGAAAGUACCCUGACCCGUUAGCGGCACAAGAAAAAGUUCCUUUAAGUCUGAAGAAUUGAUCCUUCAUUGGCGAUCCACCCGGUACUUCAUUUUUUUUAACACAUUCAUCCAAAUCUAAAAAGUAAUAGUAUAUAUUAAGCACCCUAUGGGUUUGUGUUAUUAUUCCAGUUAAGAGUUCAGUUCCUGGUGCUCCCGUCGGCAGAGAGGACGAUGCUGCAGGUCGUAAUGACCCAGUGACCUGUGGCUGUCGUAUCUCCCGCUGCACAAACUCAGUCACUAACGGCGCUUUUCCACUAGUACCUACUCAGCCCGACUCCACUCACCUCGCCCACGUUUCUUUUCAACACCCAGAUCAGAAAUGGGCGGGGAAGAUGUAGAACCUGGAGGAGAUGAUAGAUGUGCUGCUGUUUGUCUCGGUGCUGCUGAAAAGUCAUCUGGAGUCGUGAGCAGCUAUGAAGAGACAGAGCUCCUGGUAGAUCUGGUCGUUCCUUAUCUCCGUCUAGAUCUUUUUAAUUCUCUCCUCAGCACCAGGUUUAUGAACAUCUGCACCUCAGAGUUGGAUCAUGAAACAGACUUCUGCUGUCUUUGCUGGUGGAAUAAAAUGAACAAGAAGUCGCCGUCAGAGUCGCCCUUUCGCUGAUAUCCACAUCCUGACUCAGACGUCUGACUCCAACCCCCCGACCAAUCAGUGGCGUCUAGUGUGAUCAAUACUCGAGUUGUAAAAAAAAUCAGGGGGAUGGUGGAUUUUAUCAUAUGGGGACAGAUAAUUUGUGCUGAUUACAAAUAAUAUAAUAUAUUACAAAUAAUAGCAGUGACCAAAACACCUGCAAGAAAUACUGCAGGAAUGACAUAGCAGCAGUUAAAUGCAGCCUUCUGUAAGCUUUAAAUAUCCACUGGGCUUACAUCCAAUACAUCAAAACACAACAAUAAAAAACACUUUUCUGAACUUAUCAAUAUGACUCUGUCCUUCACAGGAUAAGUAAAAUGGAUCACUGCAAAAACUCUAAAUCUUAACAAGAAUAUUUGUCUUAUUUCUAGUUAAAAUGUCUCAUUUUAGUUUAAAAAAUCUCAUUACACUUAAAACAAGACUCAUCACUGGAAAAAAUUACAAUUUUCACCCGUUUCAAUUAGAUUUUCACUUGAAAUAAGUAGAAAAAUCUGACAGUGGGACAAGAUUUUUUUACUUGUAAUAAGAAAAUAAAUGAAAAUUGUCAAAUAAGUUAUUUUUCUGGUAAUGACUCUAAAUGUUGAAUUAGCAGUAAAACCACAUUCAUUGAUGAAAUGACAUAAGGGAUGGAAAGGGGGGAUGGCAGUUUUACAGGGGGGAAGAUUUAGACCGUUUUUAUUUCAGGGGGGAUGCCAUCCCCCUCAUCCCCCCUCAACUCCAGUACUGAGUGUGAUGAUGUCAGAUACAGCCGACUCAGCAGCUUAGAACCUCUGCAGAUUAGUUACAGAAAAGUAUCUACUCGGCACGUUAGACCCCUAGUGGAAAAGCGCAAAACCGAGUCUAGUCUGGCUGAGUAGGUGCUAGUGGAAAAGCGCCAUAAGAGGAGCUACAACACCGGGAUUGUCUUUGUUCAUGUUAACACCGCAGCCUCUAAGAGAUGUUAGUAACACGGUAAACUGUUUCUCCCGUCUUCACAAAGGAUCCUUCUGGUGACUUUCUGUGUUUUCCUGAAUAUCAACAGACCUCUUUAAUCUUCUAGCUACGGUUGGGGCUCAGCCCUGCUGAACAUGCAGGUCUUUAAAGACGACUUCCACCGCCUGCUCUCUGCAGCUCUUACAGAAGAAGCAGAAGAAGCCUUGCCUCUGGUGGGGAGGACGCUCAGUCGCAGAUUUAUCAAUAGUUUUUCUCCAUUGAGAACUUAGGAAAGAAGCUGGAUCUGGGGAAUGUAAGAAAUAUCACCAGAGGGAUCGUCUUCUUCUGGGACAAAUAUGGUCGGAACACGGUUAACAAGAUGCUGCUUUCCAGUGUCCCGGCUCAGUGGUGUUUCCAUGGUAACACGUGAUGCUUCUCCUCUUCGGUAGGCAUGAUGAGGUUUAAACUCGCGGCCUCGUUAGUAAAGUAGCUUUGUUGAGCAUCCGUAGCCUCCUGUAGUUCCAGGCUUGUUCGCUUCAGUUCUGUGAAGACACCUGAUGUUCAUUUGUUGAUAGAAGAGUUAUUUUAAAACUUUUGGAAAACACUAAGAAUUCAUCAAAACAUUUACUGACGCCUGUAGAAAACAAAACAAUCCCUCGGUGUUGUUUUAAAUUGUUCCAUUUUUUUUAAUUUUUUUUUUACUCAGAUGACUUUUAACUUUUUUCCUACAUGUUAAACUUUCAAAUGGAAACUUAGAACUCUUUCGUCAUCCUCUAGGCUCAUCAUGUGCUGUCUGUCGCUCUUCCCAUUAUUUAUUCUCCUUUUUUUGGUGCUACCAGAUUGGUCUUAGUAUUAAAGAAAAAUCGUUGUGAAAGUGCUCUUAAUACUUUUUGGACAAACAUGCAUCACAGUGUUAAAUGUGACGAGUCAUGCGUCGUGUCCCGUACGUUUCAGUAGAACUUGUAAAUUAUUGAUGUGAAGAUGAAGCGACGGCAGUGUUUUUCUCUGGGGUUGAUGUUGUUGGCUGUCCCAUUAAAAACUACAUUUGUACAAAAAGUGUCUUUUAUUCUUCAUUAAAGCUGCUGACACUUGCUUUUUGUACAGUACAAGUAGAUGUAUGGGUUCUGUAGUUUGUUUCCUGCUGUAUUUAUU